AAGAGACUGAGGAAGUGAACCUGCGAUGCCACCGCAACGCAGCCCUUCAGGGAAAGCCAAUUACCUACCCAGCCUCCUGGAGAUUACAAGGAAGAGCACCUUGAGGUGAAACAAAGGAGAGAUGAGGGGGACGGCAAUGAAAGGACUUGGGCUGUUCAUUUUCAGUGCAAUUCUGGUAUCUGCUCAUGCCCUCACUGUGGAAGCGCCUGAGAAGCAAAUUCAAGUGGCAAGAGGAAGAAAUGCUACCCUGCGCUGUAAUUUUAAAACAAACUCAGCUGUUGACAGAGGAGACCUGGUUGUCUGGAAGAAAAUCAAUAGCAAGGUUGACGCUGUGACGCGGUACUUCGACGGGCUCGUGCAGUAUGGGGAGGGCUACGACCACCGCAUCCAGUUCAGCGGUGACGUGGACAGCGGGGACAUCAGCAUCACCAUCGGCGCCGUGACCAUGGAGGACAACGGCACCUACGUCUGCAGCGUCCGCCUCCGGGCUGACCCGCCCCGCGAGUCCGCGCUCCUGGACCUCUUCGUCCUCGUUGCACCAUCCAAGCCCGAAUGCAAGAUUCUGGGGACACCAGAGUAUGGACAGACAAUCAACCUGACCUGUGCUUCUCACGAGGGCUCCCCAGUGCCCAAAUACACCUGGAAAAGCUUCAAUGUGCAAAAUGAGCCCCGUCUGCUACCAUACACAGAAGGGCAACAAAUAACUCUGAAGAACAUCUCAGCAGACACCUCUGGCUUUUACAUCUGCACUUCAACGAACAUCGUGGGAACGGAAUUCUGCAACAUGACAGUCAGCGUUGUACCACCAUCCAUGAACAUAGCUCUGUAUGCUGGCAUCAUUGGGGGAGUUGUUGCUGCCAUUGUGGUGAUCGGGAUCAUUGCCUAUUGCUGCUGCUGCCGGGAAAGCAAGGACACUGACUACGAGAUGACGGCACAAGAAGACAGAAAUGAACCCUCCAGGCAGAUGCCUACAAGGCAUGAUGAGAGUGUAGGGGAGGAUGUGGAGAAUGAAUGAAGAAACCACUGCCAUCUCCAGGAUCUGCUGAGGCACAGACAUCACUGUAGAAAAGAAAUCAAUCCCUCUUUCUUACUGCAAGAAGUUGAAUUAUAAAAUGAAAGCCAAGGGCUCUGCCUUCGAGUUCUGGGAGAGAACAUUCUUGCUUCCCUGGAAAUAAGUGCUUGAUGAACAGUGAGCAGUAACACUCACUUUCAUAGCAGAAAGAUGCACAUGGAACACUGCUGCACCCAGUCAUCCAAAAAUAACCAGUCUUCCAACUUUCUGAAAAAAGAAACUAUCAGGUCUAUUUGGAGAACAGAGGAACAGAGCUGCUGAUGUAUCCCCAGAUCCACAAAAGGUCUGAAGGUCACCAACUGCAUUUCAUCAAGGAAAGGUGGUCUUGUUUACUGAGUCAUGCAAAUGUCACAGCUUUCACCACUGUUCAACACAGGAACUGUUUUUAUGGAGGUUGAAGUAAGAUGAUUUUUAAAGACAUUUUGUUAAAUGUGUUUUUUGUAUGUAUUACACAUACACAUAUAAAUAAAUAUAUGGAAAAAAUAAAACCCA